GGGUGAAGGAGGAGGUGGGAUGUUGGCUGGAAGUGUUACAGCCAAAUAGUUUGAGUAGACACUCUUUUGCUUCCUGCCCGCCCGCCUGCCUCGCUCGCUUUGCUCUGCGGCUGAGAGAGAGACGCUGAGAGAGAAAAUCCCUGUCUAGGCAUGGACCUCUGGCUGCGGUGCUCGGCGGCUCGCGAGGAAUGACAACAGCUCACAUGGUCAUUAACUCCUCUCGCCGGGGCUGAAGGGAGAACCGCACCGGAGCCAACGGGUGCCUCGUGUGUUUGGGACUAAGACAGAAGCACACAGCGGCGCUCCGGGAAACGGAUAUACCGAGAUCAGACAGAAAGUGCCUUUUGAGUUAACAUCCCUACUUGAAGACUUGGUCCGAAGAGCUCCGGAUAUUCCUCUGCGGUCUCUGCCGGUCACAGCUUCAAAUCCCACCUGGUUUGUCCUUGUCUGUGCUUUUUGUGCGAGUUAAAGCUGACGCCGAACCUCUCCACCGCUGGCCAGGGUGCCAAAGCUUAAAGGCGCUUCGAAGGGAAGAGCUGCACACUUUUGUGCUGUCCUAAAAUGUGCCAUUGUACCUGAAAAUAGGGCCACCUUUGCUCCCCAAACACCCACCCCACCCACCCCCUUCGAAAGAGAUCAUCACUCAUAAAAAGGACAUUUUGGGGACAGUAGUGUGACCAAGACAUGCAUGACCCCUCUGCCUCGCCAGAGGUCUGCUCUUGAGAUUUACUGAUUGAUGAUGAUUGAUGAAUGUGCUUGACUGACAAACUUCCACAACACAGUUGUUCAUCCCAUGCUCAGGUUUCUCCACCAGAUUUUCUGUCUUUUUUUUUUUUUUGUCCGCAAGGACAAAACACCUCCGCUGACCUGAGGCAGAGUAUUUUUAGCUGCAUGUUCCACCGGUUUUACUUUUGAUUUCACGUGUUUUUAACCCGGAGCUCUGUGUCGAAGCACCUCCUCUUCCCCGAACCGAGUGGCUCCCUCUCCUUCCUCCAGCCCCGUGGCCAUCAGACCCCCUUCGACAUGGCUCUAAACAUAGCCUCAAUACGGGACACAAAAUGGCUGACCCUGGAAGUGUGCCGACAGUUUCAGCGAGGGACGUGUUCGCGCAGUGACGAGGAAUGCAAAUUCGCCCACCCACCCAAAAGCUGCCAGGUGGAGAACGGGAGAGUGAUCGCCUGCUUUGACUCGCUAAAGGGACGCUGCACGCGAGAGAACUGCAAAUACCUCCACCCUCCGGCUCACCUGAAGACCCAGCUGGAGAUCAACGGCCGGAACAACCUGAUCCAGCAGAAGACGGCGGCCGCCAUGUUGGCUCAGCAGAUGCAGUUCAUGAUCCCCGGAACAACCAUGCAGCCCGUGCAGACGUUUCCGGUCAGCCAGGGCCUUGGAUCCAGCGCAGGCUUGAGCUACACGCCUUACCUGACCCCGAUGUCCCACAGCAUGGGCCUGGUCCCCACAGACAUCCUGCCCAGCACUCCCGUCAUCGUCCCCGGCAGCCCACCCGUGUCAGUGACGGCAGGUUCCUCCUCCAACCAGAAACUCCUGCGUGCCGACAAACUGGAGGUCUGCCGUGAGUUCCAGCGGGGCAACUGCGCCCGCGGCGAGACGGACUGCCGCUUCGCCCACCCGAGCGACAGCCCCAUGAUCGACACCAGCGAUAACACGGUCACCGUGUGCAUGGACUACAUCAAGAGCCGCUGCUCCCGCGAGAAGUGCAAGUACUUCCACCCCCCGGCCCACCUGCAGGCCAAGAUCAAGGCGGCCCAGCACCAGGCCAACCAGACGGCCGUGGCCGCACAAGCUGCAGCCACGGCUGCAGCCAUGACUCAGUCGACUGCCAAAGCAAUGAAGCGACCCCUCGAGGCAACUGUAGACCUGGCGUUCCCCCACGGCGUCCUCCAGCCGCUACCAAAGAGACCAGCACUUGAGAAGAGCAACGGAGCCAGCUCUCUGUUCAACCCCAGUGUUUUGCACUACCAGCAGGCGCUGGCCAACGCACAGCUCCAGCAGCCCGCUUUCUUUCCCACAGGGUCAGUGUUGUGCAUGACCCCUGCUAGCAGUCUUGAUCAUCCUGAAGUGAGCGUCACCAGGGAAACGGAGUGUCACGAAGCUGCACUAGGAAGCCCAAAACAGCCCCUCUGUAAAUACUACCUUGCCUCUCCCAUAGAGGUCCAGCAACCUGCAUGCUAAGAGUGUAACACUUCAAUUUAACCACCAGAACUGCAGAGCCGCUGUAACACACACACACACAUUCACAUUGAAAAUAAAAGAUAUACACACAUAUAUAUUAUAUAUAUAUAUAUAUCCACAUAUAUAUAUAAAAUACUGUAUGUAUUGCUAGAAAACAGAAUAUGAACAUGAAAAAGUCACAAAUAUUCUUAUGUAUCAGUGCAGACACACUAUAGAUACAGUGGAAUAUCAACUCUUGGAUAUUUAUUUUAGAACUUCAGAGCAGCGUUCACCCCGACAGCCACACCUUCACGUCCCCUUUGCUGUUUCAAACGAUAGCCUGCCCCAGACACCUGACAUUUUCUGCCCGGAAACAUCUGUCGCCAUUAGAGCGCCAGGCGCUCGUUCCGUUUUUAUUUUUGCCAUCGCCCCCGUCGCUGCAGAGUCGACCCGCUCGCCCUUUAUUUGCCGUGAGUUCAGCUUGUUCGCAAUGCAGUCCGGACUGGAGAAGCUUGACGAGACUCGGGCCUGCGCCAAGGGCUCGACAGAAGCUGGAGGGGUUAGCUUCAGUCAUACCAAGCCUUUUGUGUGUGUACGUGCGACUGUGUGCGUUGUGUGUGUCGUUGUCAGGAAACUGAUGGUCUGCCGGCAGACUGCGACUUUAAGCGAGGACUUGCAACUCCAGGCCUGAUAAAAGGGGAUUUUUUUUUUUUUUUUUUUUUUUAGAACCGGGGGACAUGUGAGGGACUUAAGUGCUAAAUCUAAACAUAAAAACAAACAACAACAAAAAGUUUGAAAAAAAAAACAACAAAAAAAAAAAACAAAGAAAACGGUGCAUUUGACGACACUCGUCAAGCAAAAAGAUGACUUGAACUUUGAACUGGAGGGCUAUCUGUGACCGUCGGUUGUCCUGUCCAACCCUACUAUCACCGAUAAUCCUGUUUCCAUUUUAGAAAACUUGUAGAAGUGCCUCAAAAAAAAAAAAUUAAAAGAAGCUCAUCGACGACACAUAAAGCAUCCAGGGUGUGGAUCACUAAGAGUCACAAAAAACCCCCCCACUGGCUGUUAAAUCCAUACGGACUCUUUUCGGGGAAAGACAUUACACGUCGCAUUGCCGGUCGGGGUGAGGGUUGGGGGACAACUUCCCCGGCAACGGCUCAUUUUACAUCACAAGUGACUUCACUGCAAGGAGAGAAUUUCAAGGAUCGACAAAUCAAAACUAGCAUUGUAGAAUGUUUGGUGACGUUUCACGGUGUAUCCGUCGUUUCUUACAUCGGUUUCAGUAGUUUACAUGAGGAAAGUGAGUGAGAAAAACAACGUAUUGUAAACUGUGUAAUGUAUGUAAAGUGUCUGUUAUUUUGACAGUUUCUAUUCACGGUUCUAGAAAAAUGUAUUCAGACUUAUUUAAAGAAGUUGUGUUGUGUCUACUAUCAAGGUGUGUUUGACCCUCCGCCUCCUGCAACAAGUGUUCAUUUUUCAAGGCCAAGACAAGAAAAAUAUCAUUUGGAUUUGAUUUCUUUUUUUCUUUUUCUUUUUUUCUUGAAGUUUUUCUCCAUUUGAUCAAAAAUUCUGAUGUAAUCUCAUGGUGCUUGAUCAACACUGACAAUCCACAAUCGAAACACUUUGUUUUCAUGCACUUUGUGACCUGUAUGUACACCGUAGCAACAAUGAUGUAAUAAUGGCCAAUAACUGGAUUUAGGUCAUUUUAAACAUAAUAUUGUUGUGAUGCAUUUGAGCCAAUAACCCAACAUAACACCUUAUGUCAUCCAGCAUAAGUGUUUAUAAGUGAAUAACAAAGCAACUGGGAAAAAUUGGCUUUAUUUGCGAUAAUUGUAGUCCUGUUUAUGCAGGUAUUGUCGCCCCACAAGAAAACUCCCAACGUAGGAUUCUUGACACCUAAAAGGUUCCCUACAGAAAAAAAAUUGCUAUAAAAAUGAUAUAAGUGCUAAGUUUGACUCUAAUCAGAAAGCGUUCAUUUUCAACGAUUUCUUACAUUUUUCUCAUUAAAUUAAA